AGAACCGUCUUGGCUCCUGCCCCGUGCCGCUGGGCCGCGCCUUCGGCGCGCUCGCCGCGUGGCCGAUGCCGGGUUCGCUCUCGCCGAAGGCCGCCGGCCUGCGCCGCGCCGAGGAGGCGGCCCGCGGGGCCCUCCUCGCGGCGCAUGCGGCCGCGGGGCUGGCAGCAGAGCACUCCCGCGAUGGAGUGCGCCUGUUGCGCGCCGCGGAGGGCCUUCUGCGCGCGGCGGUGGCGGGCUUGCGGAGCCCUGCCGCCGAGCCGCCUGCGCCCGUGCCUGGCGCUGCAGCUGCCCCCGCGCGGCGGCGGCGGCGGCGAGGGCGCGGAGGCCGUGGAGGUGGUGCUGCGGGCCCCGGCGAUGGGGCUGAUGAAGAUCGUGCUGGCGGCGGCGAGGCGGUUGGGGACCACGUGAUGGAGGACGCCACGGGGGGCGGUCGCAGGCAGCGGCGGCGGCGCCGUCCGCAGCCUGCCCCUGUGGGCCUCCCUCUCGCUGAUGUCGCAGCUGGGCCUGCUGCUGGUCAGGACGCGUUCGAGGAUGAGCUGAACGAUGAGUGGGCGGAUGGCCUCACGGUGCUGCCUGGCCGCCGCGGCCCUGGACGCCCGCCCGCCCUCGCCCCCGACGUGCGGGCGCGUCUCUGCCGAGGCCCCUUGGCGGGUUUCGAGGUGACCGUCGUCGCCGUCGGGGAGCGCUCUGCCUCCGUCCGCUUCGAUACGGACGACCCCGCCGCCGAGCUCAUGGACGUUCGCCUGGACUUCCUGGAGGCGCUGCCGCUGGCGGGGGCGGGAGGUGGUGGCAGUGGGGGACGGUAGGGGGUCUCGCCGCAUUGCGUUGCAGGACCGCCGUCCCUCCCCACCUCCCCCCACACGGUGUUCGCCAGCUGCGAUCGCCACUCCUUUUUCUUCUGAGCUGGGGGGUGUCAGUGACCCUGACACUUCUUUCAUCGCUGCCUGCCUCCUCCUCCUCCUCCUCCUCCUCCUCCUCCUCCUCCUCCUCCUCCUC